AUGAGCGACGCUGAAGUCCCCAAGCCCGUCGAGGCUGUCCCCGAGGCUACUCCUGCCCAGCCUGCUGAGGAGAAGCCUGUCGAGAAGACCGAGGAGAAGACUGAGGAGAAGCCCCAAGAGAAGGCUGAGGAGACAUCCGAGAACAAGCCUGAGGAGUCCAAGUCUACCAACAUCCUCAAGACCACUGCCAAGAUCGAUCACGAGAACCACCGCAACAACCGCAAGUUUGACCCCAGCACCCGCGAGGUGACGGAUGAUCCCGAUGCCAUCCGCAAGCAGGUCGAAUUCUACUUUGGCGACUGGAAUUUCCCCCAGGACAAGUUUAUGUGGGAGUCGUGCGGUGGAGCCGAGAACAAGCCCAUGAAGCUCAAGACUAUCCACUCCUUCAAGCGCAUGCGCACUUUCCAGCCUUACACCGCCGUCGUCGCCGCCAUCAAGGACAGCAAGUUCCUCGAGCUCUCGGGCGAGGAGGGUGAGGAGGAGGUCAAGCGCAAGUACCCCUACAAGCCCAUGAACACCUCCAAGGCCAAGGUCGAGGCCGCCACAGUCUACGUCAAGGGCUUCGGUGACGAGACCCCCAACACCCAGUUCGACCUCGAGACCUUCUUUGCCCAGUUUGGCGAGGUCAAGGGUCUUAAGCUCCGACGCACCAACGAGAACCUCUUCAAGGGCUCCGUCUUUGUCACCUUUGCCGACGAGGAGGAGGCCAACAAGUUCAUCAAGCUCGAGCCCUCCCCCAAGUGGAAGGAGCAUGAUCUCAAGAUCAUGAGCAAGCGCGCGUACUGUGACGAGAAGAAUGAGCUCAUCCGACAGGGGAAGAUUGAGCCCAAUGCUAGCAACCCCCGCAAGUUCUACGAAGGUCGCGAGUCCGGUAACAAGGGUGGACGAGGCCGUGGACGUGGUGGAAAGGACUUCCGGGGUCGUGACCAGGACGACUGGAAGAAGCGACGUGAGAACGACCAGAAGAACGGCUUCCGGGACCGACGAGGCGGUGGCCGUGGCGGCCGUGGUCGCGGCCGGGGUGGUCGUGAUGGUGACCGAGGCCGUGACGGUGGCCGCGAUCGGGAUCAGCGCAAGGAGGAGGUUAAGCACAAUGGCAAUGACACCAUGCCUCGCAUCCAAUCCACCGCCGACGAUUCCAACACCAACGGCAAGCGAGCUCGGGAAGAUGAUGCUCCCGCCGGGGAGCCUGUCGCCAAGAAGGUUGACGUCAAGGCCGAUGCCGCUUAA